CUGCGGCGACCGCCCGGACAGCGCCGGUCCCCGCGGCGGGCUCCCCUGUCGCCGUUCGCUGUGCUGCCCGCUUCUCGGUGAAUUUUGGAUGAAGCCAUUAAAUUAAUUGCUUGCCAUCAUGAGCAGAAGUAAGCGUGACAGCAAUUUUUAUAGUGUAGAGAUUGGAGAUUCUACAUUCACAGUCCUGAAACGAUAUCAGAAUUUAAAACCUAUAGGCUCAGGAGCUCAAGGAAUAGUAUGUGCAGCUUAUGAUGCCAUUCUUGAAAGAAAUGUUGCAAUCAAGAAGCUAAGCCGGCCAUUUCAGAAUCAAACCCAUGCUAAGCGGGCUUACAGAGAGCUGGUUCUUAUGAAAUGUGUUAAUCACAAAAAUAUAAUUGGCCUUUUGAAUGUUUUCACACCACAGAAAUCCCUAGAAGAAUUUCAAGAUGUUUACAUAGUCAUGGAGCUCAUGGAUGCAAAUCUUUGCCAAGUGAUUCAGAUGGAACUAGAUCAUGAAAGAAUGUCCUACCUUCUCUAUCAGAUGCUGUGUGGAAUCAAGCACCUUCACUCUGCUGGAAUUAUUCAUCGGGACUUGAAGCCCAGUAAUAUCGUAGUAAAAUCAGACUGCACUUUGAAGAUUCUUGACUUUGGACUGGCCAGGACUGCAGGAACGAGUUUCAUGAUGACUCCUUACGUAGUGACUCGCUACUACAGAGCACCUGAAGUCAUCCUAGGGAUGGGCUACAAAGAAAACGUUGACAUUUGGUCAGUUGGGUGCAUCAUGGGAGAAAUGAUCAAAGGUGGUGUUUUGUUCCCAGGUACAGAUCAUAUUGAUCAGUGGAAUAAAGUUAUUGAACAGCUUGGAACACCAUGUCCUGAAUUCAUGAAGAAACUACAACCAACAGUAAGGACUUACGUUGAAAACAGACCUAAAUAUGCUGGAUAUAGCUUUGAGAAACUCUUCCCUGAUGUGCUUUUCCCUGCUGACUCAGAGCACAACAAACUUAAAGCCAGUCAGGCGAGGGAUUUGUUAUCCAAAAUGCUGGUGAUUGACGCAUCCAAAAGAAUCUCUGUGGAUGAAGCUCUCCAGCACCCAUACAUCAACGUCUGGUAUGACCCUUCCGAGGCAGAGGCUCCACCACCAAAAAUACCUGACAAGCAGUUAGAUGAACGGGAACACACAAUAGAAGAGUGGAAAGAAUUGAUAUACAAAGAAGUUAUGGACUUGGAAGAGAGAACCAAGAAUGGAGUUAUACGGGGGCAGCCCUCUCCUUUAGGUGCAGCAGUGAUCAAUGGCUCUCAGCAUCCAUCGUCAUCGCCGUCUGUCAACGAUGUAUCUUCAAUGUCAACAGAUCCAACUUUGGCCUCGGAUACCGACAGCAGUCUAGAAGCAUCAGCUGGACCUCUGGGCUGCUGUAGAUGACUACUUGGGCCUGGGGGGUGGGAAGGGAGGGAUGGGGAGUUGUUUAGUCAUUGAUAGAACUACUUUGAGAACUAAGUCAGUGGUCUUAUUUUGAGUGAUUUUUCAAAAAUGUAGAAUUCAUUUUGUAGUAAAGUAGUUUAUUUUUUUUUAAUUUCAAGUGAUGUAAUUUAAAACUUAAGUUGUUUUAAAACAGCAACAAAACUGUAUUGUAUUUUUGCUGUAAUUAACUGUAUAAUGUAAACCUAAUUAUUUUAUCAUGGUUUAAAUUUUUUGCAUAUUUGCUUUAUCUUAUGCUGCUGAUUUUUUUACUGAAUUUGUAAGAUUUUGUUUAUCAAAGCAACUAUUAUGUGGUGACUUGCCUAUAUCAUGAAUUAUUUAAGAUUUUUAUAGUUUUUUUUAAUUAGAAAUUAUUUCAGAUGUUUUGUUCAUGAUGCUAUCCUUCAGGGUUAUGUGCUUAUCAGUGAAAUAACCACAGAGGAGUGAGGGAAAGUAACCUGUAGCCAGUUAUAUUCAGGAAUAACUACUGUAAAUGAUGAACGUGUCUAAAAAACACCUCCAAUAUUGCUACUUGCCAAUCCUAAUUUAGUGACAACUAUUGGUAGUAAUCCUACAUGAAUUUUGGCAAAAGCCCCAGCAUCUAAAUGGCAGAAUAACUCGGAGCAUGUUUUUGAAGAUGCUGGGCGUCCACCACCACCCUUCUACUCCCCCCUCCCCCACCCAGCGAAAGGGUGUUUCCUGCAAGUCUGUGGCAUGCUCAGACCUCACCACAUAGAGCCAAAAGGAUACUUCAUGAGGAAUACAUUUCACUGCAGAUGAGCAGAUGGUUCACCUCUCCCAGCUGUGAGCCUGCUCUUGUACACACUGAGCUGAGCUCCUCAGGUUGCAGGCCCAGUGAUGGAUGGUCUGGAGCUGGUCCUUCCUCUCGCAUCGGGGACCUUGGACCUUCCGGUUUCCUGCUGGAGUGGCAGUCAGUUGAGCACCAGCCAGGGUGCUUCUGGCCAUUUGAUUCUACCUGUAGCAAAAUCAUGUCUAUACUAGCUGUCGGGAGGUUCCAAAGCCUACUGAGAUUUCUGUAGGUGAUGUAUCCAAGGAGCAAUACACCGUUCAUCUGAAAAUAGUAGCACACAGCCAUAUAUAAGGUAUCAUUUCCCAAGGACUGUUUCUCCACACUGAGCAGAGCAGGCAUAAAUGGUGAUUAUUUAGUCUGAGACUUUGAUUUUUUAUAUCUGAUUUUCAGUAAAACCGCAAUGUGGAUGUUGAGUAGUGUAAGAAUGGUGCUGCUCCUGACAAGUGAUGUAACUGUUUACAUUUUAUACCUGCAGAAUUAUUUCUCUACGGCGGGAUUUUUCUUAAGUAAAAUGUCAUUGAAGUCUCAUCUCUGAAUGCAUUGUCUGUGAUGCCCCAGGACCUUUUGUUAUGUUUGGAGCAGAGGGAUUUCAUGUCAUGAACUAGGAGGUGCGCACUUAGAUACGUGGCAAGGAUCUAGCAGAAAGCUCAUUGGAGUUAGUGACCAACAGGAGCAAGCACUGGUGCAGCUCAACGCAGGUCUCAAAGCUCACCUGGCAUGUUAUUUGUAUAUUUAGUGCAAAAUUCCUUUGAGUGAUCAUUGUUACUGUGCAAUAUUUAGGAUUAAAAUACAUUAGCCUUUUUAUAUACUUUGAAAUAGCAAGUUUGUUUUUGAUGGUUUAAAGUCAUGAUUUCCGGUCUCUUUAGAAGUUGUCAACCUUUUAUCAGUCCCUUUUCUACUCAUACAACAUGGUGCAUUAAUUUCAUUUAGCAACUUAGAGUUUUGAGACUGUAACACCUUGACUUGUAGAAACAGGAUUGGAUGUGCGGAGAUGUUUAAGCGUGAGUGUGUCCUUUGUGUCUAUGAGUUUGACAGUAAACUAGCUGUUUUCUAGGGUAGACCAUUUCACUUUGCACUUUAACAACUGACAUGCUUUCAGAAGCUCCCAUAGUUCAGGUUUGAUUGCUAACAAGCCAUCUCUAUUGAUACAGAUGUUGGUUAAGCAAGAAAACCAGGUGUUGUUACUGUAUCAUUUGUUGUAAAUGCCAGCUCCCACUUGCCAACCAGCAUGUUUCAGUUGAUCCAGAGAAAAUGAACUCAUUAGUUAAUGAAGACAAAAAUGCUUAAAUUCUAUCUUGAAAACAAAGUCUGUCUGUUAAAUGUGUGUGCCUAGGUUUUUAAAAUGCAGUAUCUAAAUACAGCGUUCCCUCUUAAAUUUGUUAAGGUAAAGAUAUACAUGUUCACUUUAUUUUUAAAACUUUUUGAACCUUUAAAAUAUCUUAAACA